CUUGAGUAAUCUGAUGUGUAAAAUAAUGAUGAAUACCUAUUUUUACCCUUCGGUUGAAGAUUUGACAUUUUGGGGAAUUUGACCUCCUUGGGAGUUCAGGGUUGUCAUUUGUUGGGGGAGGAGCAUGGUGUGCCAACAUCCUCGUAAUGAGUCUUGAAAUGUACUGCACACCACAACCUGUCCACACAACCUCAUUGAUCUGCAUUCGAUGCUCAACGUCUUAACACUAGACUUUUAACAGUGCAAGUCAAGUCAUGGCAGCCAACAACCGAUCGUUCACCAAGGUGAACCAUGCCCGCAUCAAGGCGGUUGAGCGCUCGUUCGGACCCGGUGCGAGGCCCCUUUGCAAGCCUGGCAGGGUGCUGGUUGGAGAGGGACGGCUGUUGAAGCGCAGCCGCCGCGGGAAUCAGCCCAAAGCAUUUUUCCUCUUCAACGACGUGCUGGUGUACGGCACAGUCGUCGCGUCGUGUCAGUGGCACAAGAACCGGAGAAUCGUACGUCUAGAGGACAUCGAGCUGGAGGACCACGAGGACAGCCCACCAAUGGAGAACCACUGGCUGAUCCGCACGCCUCUCAAGUCCUUCUACGUGGCGGCCGGCUGCCCCGAGGAAAAACGCGCCUGGAUGGAGCGCAUCGUCGAGUGCCGCGAACGCCUGCUGCAGGGCGCCGCCACUCGCCAGCACAGUUCCACCUUCCAACCCUUCGCCCCCACCUGGAUCCCAGACCAUGUGUCGGCCAUGUGCAUGCGAUGUCCCAACAAGUUCUCCUUCAUCCAGCGCCGCCACCACUGCAGGAACUGCGGCUUCCUGGUGUGCGCGGCGUGCUCCGAGCAGCAGGCCGUGCUUCCCAACAUCCACCGCCGCGAGCCCCAGAGGGUGUGCGAACGGUGCCACACCAGCCUCCUCAAGGGGCAGGAGAGGACCGAAAGGAUGGGGGACAGCAGGGGGGAGGGCCUGGAAGUCAGUGAUGAUGAUGAGGGGGUCGGGGAUGGACUCCCAAGGGCCCAGCAGGUUGGACUCCCAUAAACCUGGUCCCCGUGCGUAUUUAUGGAGCCAGCACACCUGCGGCCUGGGAAAAUGAACAAUUCUCCAGACAUUCUUAUGUGAUUUUUAUUUUAAAAAGAUUUACAAAACAGAGCGGGACUUGAGAAAUAUAUAUGUACACUGAAGUGGCGAAGGAAGUUGUUUCCCAACCAUGUCUGUCGCAAGAAGCAUCAUUUGUAAUAGUUAGUAGUUUACAAAAUCUAUUCGAAAUGCACUUUAAAGGGGGAGUGUGGAUUGAUCUAGGGCAGAGGUGUCAAACACAAGGCCCGCGAUCCGAAUCAGGCCCGCUAACUCAUUUUAUGUGGCCCGCAGUAGCUUCAAAUGAAUUUGAAAAUCGUACAAAAAAAAGACAAAAAUGCAAAAAAGUUCUGCCACACAUCUCUGAUAACCUAUCAUUGCAUUCCCCACCAAAAAGCCCUGUGGGAAAUGGUUCUGGAACUGGAUGAUAAAAUGACAACUGGUCAUUAUACGGCAGUGAUUCAGGCUCGUGGCCUGGAUCAGCGCCAGUUCCAGCAGUUUUUGAAGGAGGUUGCUAAGAAUAUUGAGAUGUGACAUACCCUACACAGAAUUAAGGUGGUAGGACUGCAGUCCUCAAACAAGUUUUUGAGCUUAGUAACGUUUAUUUAAUAACUUAUGUUUUUUAACUUAUAUUACUUUUUUUUUAUUCACUUGAACAGUUUGAUCUUUGAUUGAGUUAUGUUGGUUUUCUUCACUUGAUAAAUUAAAAGGAUUUAUGUUAAUAUAA